AUGGUCAUUGAGAGCAAAAACGGGGAGGCAGGACACCCCACAGCCAGGGUGACCAAGAGGACCGUGACUGACGACCUGUACACCACCUUCAGUUCCCCUAUGGCCUGGAUCCUGGUCCUAGCCCUGGUCGUCACCUGGUCUUGUGUGGCCAUCAUCAUGUUUGACCUGAUGGACUACAAGGGCCUCACAGGAAGCAUUCAGCAUAUCAGCUCGGACCCCAUGAAAGUGGUGAACGAGGCGGUGGAGGAGUCCACUGACUGGGGCAAACUGCUUCUGACCUUUGUCUCCAGCCUGGAUGAGGAAGAGGAAGAAGAAGCAGCAGCUGAGGCAGAGGUAGAUGAGGAUGAUGAUGAUGAUGAUGAUGAUGGUGAGGCAGAUGAAGAGGAGUCUGCUGCAGCGGCUGAAGAAGAUGAGGAGGAGGAGGAAGAGGCUGCUCCAGAGGCUGAUGAUGAGGAGGCUGAUGAUGAGGAGGAAGAGGCUGCUCGAGAGGCAGCUGCUGCUGAGGCUGACGAUGAGGAGGAGGAGGAGGAGGAGGAGGAGGAGGAGGAGGAAGAUGAAGCUGCUGCAGAGGUCAUUGCUGAGAUUAAUGAGGAUGAGGGCCCCAUUCUGAUUGAGGUUGAUGACACAGAGACAGAAGCUUCUGCUGGAGAUGAUGGAGAGGAGGAUGACACCAUAGCUGAAGCUGAAACUGAAGCAAUUACGGAUGAGGAUGCUAGUGAUGCUGCUGCUUCCACUGAUGAUGAUGAUGAUGAUGGUGAUAAUGAAGAGGAUGAAACUGCUGAAGCUGCUCCUGCUGCUGAUGAUGAUGCCAGUGAUGAAGCCACAGAUGAUGCUCCUGUUUCUACUGCAGAUGACGACGAUGAUGAUGAUGAUGAGGAAGAUCAUAGCAUAGAUGUUGACCAAACAGAUGAUGAUACUAAACCCAUUGACCUAGAAGAUGACGAUGAUGACGAUGAUGAUAUCAAAGUCGAUUUUGCUGAUAGUGAGGAUAUUGACAUCUCAGACACAUUAGCUGAGGAUACAACUGAUGACUCUACAGAUUUAGAGGACACUGAUGAUGAUGACGAUGACAAAACAGUCGAGGAUUCAGGAGAGAUUGUUAGUGAUGUCGCAGACAUUUCUGAUGACAGAGCAGAUGAUGAUGAUGAUGAUGAUGAGGUGAAGGGUUCAGCUGAAGAGAUCGGCAAAGAUGAUGACGAUGAUGAUGAUGAUGAUGAUGAAAUCACAACAGAAGCAUUUGAUAGUUCAGCACCUGAGGAAGAUGAUCUAUCCAAGGAUGAAGAUGAUGAUGAUUACAUCGAUGACCUUCUUUUGACAGAGAUCAUCCUUCCAGAAGCACCAGAGGAGGAGGAGACUGAGGAACCAUCUGCUGAACCAGAGCUGACAAUAGAGGAAGCUCUGGAAGAGAAGGUAGUGGAGGAAGGGACAGCAGAGCCCAAACCCAGGGAGGAGGUAGAACCCAUCACUGAACCAGAGGAGGAGGAGGAGGUAGCACCAGAGCCUGAACCAGAGGAGGAGGAGGAGGAGGUAGCACCAGAGCCUGAACCAGAGGAGGAGGAAGUAGAACCCAUCACUGAACCAGAGGAGGAGGAGGAGGUAGAACCCAUCACUGAACCAGAGGAGGAGGAGGAGGUAGCACCAGAGUCCAAGGAGGUAUUACCUGAAUCCGAGGAGGAGGUAGAAAGUGCAGCAGAAGAACUAAAGGUCCAGCAAGCUGCUCCUCCUGCUGAACAAGUAGUGUGCCCUUGUAUGCAUUCAUCCAAACCCAAAGAGGCCGAAAGUGAGCUAACGGAGGAAAAAGCUGAACAUGUCAAGAGGGAAUUAGCCAGGGAAGAGGCAGAGCCCCCUAAAAUGGAACCAGUAGUGAGAACUAAGAGAGAGCGUGGCAUGUGCAAGCCAGUUGAGAAGCCAAAAAGGAGAGAGACUGCAAGGAAAUUGGAAUUAGAAGCGGCGAUCAGGAAGAGAGAAGUCAGACUUAAAAAGAAAAAGAAGGCCACAAAGAAAGAGUCUCAACAUGUAGAUGCUGGGGUGCCUGCACCUGCACCAGUUCCUGCCUGUCAACCCACACCAGUCUACUGGCCAUCAUCAUCUCCUGGCUGGUAUUUGCAUCAUAUAUUCACAGACAAACCAUUUCCACCUACAACUAUGACAGCAUCUCCACUGCCCAUUCCAACAGCUCAUCCAACUCAGCCAUUUUAUCAAGCUCCUCCAGCUUAUCAAGCUUAUCAAGCUCCUCCAGUUUAUCAAGCUUAUCAAGCUCCGCCAGCUUAUCAAGCUCCUCCAACUCAACCAGCACCAGCUCAACCGGCUCAACCAACAGCUCCAGUUCAACCGGCUGAACCAGCACCUGUACCUGCACCAGCACCUGCACCAGCACAUGCACCAGCAUCUGCACCUUCACCAGCACCUGCACCUGGACCUGCACCAGCUCCAUCGACUCAAGAACCACAGGCUCCCAAAGAAAAGGCUGCCUCCACAAAGAAGGUUCCAAAGGAAAAGACCAAGUCAGAUGCCCCAAAGGAGGAGCCAGAGCCUCCUAAAGAAAAAGUUAAGAAACAAGUACUUGUGGUGUCCAAAGAGACGGUCAAACCAGCUGUUGUAAAGAAAGAAGCUGUUUUCUCCGAAGAAAAGACAAAACCUUCCACAACAAAGAAAGUUUUAGAGCCCGCAAUCUCCAAAGAUAAAGUCAAGACAACCACUAGCAAGACAACCACACCCACUACCAAGAAAGUUGUUUUAGAACCCGAGCUCCCUAAAGAGAAAGUCACUCCACGAGUCCCCACUAUGAGAAAAGCUCCUGCAAUGAAGGAGAAGCUAACGAAAGCACCUGAACCAGCAAAAGAGAAACCAAAAGCGGCAGAGAAAAAAGCCAAAGCUAAAGCCACACACUCUGUGAAGACAGCCCAGCCCACUAAACCACAUAAAGCUGAGAAGGCUGAGAAGACUGAAAAGGCUGAGAAGACUGAGAAGACUGAGAAGAAAGCUGUGAAAGAGGCUCAAGAGAAAGAAGCCAAGAACCCUGGUGAAGCAAAAGAUUCUCAGACUGAGGAGAGUGCCACGGACAAGAAGAAGAAGACGUCGGGCCAAAAAGUAUUGCAGUGUGUUUUUAUGGGUGGAAAGAGUGCCCACUACCCUUUGCUACCUUCCACCCCUGGUAUGACCCCAAUGUCGAUGAGCCCAGCCAUGCGGUCCAUGAUGAUGCAGAAAGCCAGAGCAGCGGGACAGUAGACUAGCUCCUCACCCCUAUGCUGCUCCCUCAUCUCAGUCUGCACCUCAACCUUAACCAGCAGGUGGCGCUGCUUGUAUUUACUGCUGGGCCACUGUCUUCUCAUUGAAAACGGAGGACAAUCAGGAACUAAAGGGGAAGGAUGGAUGGAGAGUACAGUAUUAUUUAUUUUUCUAUGACCGGUCGAGCUCCCGUGAGUUUCCUUUAGCUGUGGCUUUGCUGCUUUUUCUACACUCUUAGAAAAAGGGUUCCAAAAGGGAUCUUUGGCUGUCCCCUUAGGAGAACCCUUUUUGUUCC